GGUUUAGGAAACACGGAUAGCGAUGGAAAAGAAAAGAGUGGAAAUAAUCUUUAUAGCUUUUUCUGUUGCCCUGUUCUUGCUGAACACGGACCGCGUUGAAAAGGCCAUCAAAUUGUGCUAUGAAUGUUUGUUUAAGAUGAGUUACAACUCAGAAGAUAACGACUUGCAAUCUGUCAAACUUCGUCUCAAUGACAUCUUCGCUGUUCUUUGCUGCGUUUACCAUCAUAUCUCUGACUACAUAAAUUGCGAGAGAUGCUGUCGCAUAUUCCUAGUCCUCGGACACGAGUCUGAUGACUUAUUAAUGAAGGGAGUCGUAACUAUGAUUCUGGCGCAGAUAUGCGAGAUUCAGCGUAAGUUUAAAGAAGCCAAACAACUUUACAAAUCAGCGGUUAACAUAAGGGCACAAACGGGGGAUAAAAUAGGAGAGAUAAACGCCUGUGGAAAAUGUGGAACCAUGUUUUAUAAACUUGGUGAAUACAUCAAGGCGAAAAAGUAUUUCGAGAGAGCCCUUGCCAUCGCAAUUGAAAUUUGCGACAGAGACGGAGAAGCGUUAUCUUACGUAAACUUAGGAGCUGUGUUUGAGUCACUUGGGGAAUAUGUCAGAGCGAAAGAGCAUAUCGAGAGAGCCCUUUCUAUUAGAAUCGAAAUUGGCGACCUACAAGAGCAAGCGACAUGUUACGGAAACUUAGGAGUUGUAUUUAAAUCGCUCGGGAAUUACGUCGAUGCUGAAAAGUAUCUCGAAAAAGCCCUUGCCAUUAGAACUGAAAUUGGCGACAGACUAGGAAAAGCAGCAGAUUAUGGAAACUUAGGAACCGUUUUUUACUUGGUCGGGAAAAACGACAAGGCUAAAGAGUAUUUCAAAAAAGCUUUAGUCGUAGAGAGAGAAAUUGGCGACAGAAACGGGGAAUCAUUAUAUUUGAUCAACUUAGGAACUGUGUUUAGCACGCUCGGGCAAAACGUUGAGGCUAAAAGGUGUUUCGAAGAAGCUCUUGCCAUUACAACUGAAAUUGGCGACAGAAAAGGAGAAGCAACAUGUUACGGAAACAUGGGACAGAUGUCUCUGUCGCUUUGCGAGUAUGUCAAAGCCAGAGAGUAUCUCGAAAAAGCGCUUGUGAUCAGAACUGAGAUCGGCGACAGAAGUGGUGAUGCAACAGACGACAUAAACUUAGCAACACUGUUUAUGUCGCUUGGGGAAUACGACAAAGCUCAAGAGUAUCUUGAAAGAUCUCUUGCCUUUACAACUAAAAUUGGCUGCAGAAAGGGAGUGGUAGCAUCUUACAUAAAAUUAGGAACUGUUUUUAUCUUUCUUGGGGACUGCGUCAAGGCCAAAGAGUAUGUGGAGAGAGCCCUUACCUUCAGUAUUGAAGUUGGGGACAGAAAAGGAGAAGCAUCAUGUUACGGCAGCUUAGGAGCAGUUUUCGAAUGGCUUGGGGAGUACAUCAAAGCGAAAGAGCACAAUCAGAGAGCCCUUGCCAUCAGUAUUGAUAUUGGCGACAGAGACGGAGAAGCAGAAGCUUACACUGACUUAGGAAAGGUGUUUAAGUCGCUUGGGCAAAACGUUGAGGCUAAAGACUAUUUCAAACAAGCGCUAGUCAUCAGGAUCGAUAGUGGCAACAGGAGGAAAGAAGCCGAAUGUUACGGAGUCUUAGCAACUGUCUUUUCUUCACUUGGUCAAUACGUCGAGGCCAAAGAGUAUCUUAGAAAAGCGCUCCACAUUAGAACUGAAAUUGGCGACAGAGAAGGAGAAGCAGCAGAUUACGCAAACUUGGGAAAUUUGUUUACGGUGCUUGGUGAUUACCAAGUUGCGGAAGCAUGUUUAGAGAAGGCACUUUACAUAUCCAAGAUUAUUAAAGGACGUAACCUUGAGUUGCAAGUCCUGUUUGGUUACUCGAUAUUAUUUUUACAUCAAAACAAACUUAAAGAUGCCCUUUGGUAUCUACACCAGAACAUUACUAAAUUCGAAGAACUGAGAAAUUUUCUUGGGAUUAAUGAUCAGUUUAAGACAUCAUUUUUGGAGGAGAGGGGUGAAAUUUCCAUCCAGUUGCUAAGCUGGUCGCUUUGUGUCACCGGAAGUCCGCAUGAUGCUCUAUAUGUAGAAGAAUUGGGGCGAGCUGCAGGCCUAUCAGACCUGAUGGCAGAGAAGUACUCAAUUGAAACGCACAUUUGUGCUAAGAAACAUUCUUGGUUUGGCAUUGAAAACAUUGUGAGAAAGGAAAACAGAUGUACUUUCCUGUAUGUUUCUUAUUUUUAUAGCAAGGUGAAUUUGUGGAUCUUGAAAACAAGCGGAGCCCUCCAUUUUAAACAAAUAUCAGUGGAGGAAAAUGUCGUUAAGGCUAAAUUCACCAAAGAUUCUUCUGUGGUUGAGGUUUUGGCGGACAGUUUCCGUAGUUUUGGUUGCUUGCCCACGGAAGAGUGUGAAGAUCGGUCUUUGCAAAUGCGUGAACCACAAGCUAUUUCAUCAAAGGAGAGGACCUCUGCAACAUCACGACUUAUAGAGGAAGACAACAACGAGGAGGAAAUUUCAAGUCUAUCCCGGUGUUACGAAAUCUUUAUUGCCCCAAUCUAUGAUUUUCUUGAAGAGCCUGAAGUCAUUAUUGUUCCACACAGAAGCUUGUACAAAGUUCCAUUUGCAGCUCUUCAAGAAAAAGGAGCCCCAUACUUCUCGGAGAGUCAUAGGAUCCGCGUUGUUCCUUCUUUAACGAUACUUAAGCUCAUACAAGACAGUCCACUGGACUAUCACAGCAACACUGGUGCACUGGUGGUGGGAAAUCCCAAGGUUAACUGGCUGCUGCCAUUACCGUGUGCUGAAAAGGAAGUAUAGAUGGUUGGAAGACUGGUGGGCGUUUCCCCUCUGGUAGGGGAGAAAGCAACGAAGCAAGCUGUACUUGAACAGAUAACUUCAGCGAGUCUGAUACAUUUUGCAGCCCAUGGUGACGCCGAAAGAGGAGAAAUUGCUCUCUCUCCUAUUCCUACCCCCGACACUCCAGACAUCAUUCCACCCCAGCAUACCUAUAUGUUGACAAUGGGAGACAUUUCACGAGUAAAAAUCAGAGCUAAACUGGUAGUUCUCAGUUGUUGCCACAGUGCAAAUGGACAGAUCAAGGCCGAGGGAGUUAUAGGAAUCGCCCGAGCGUUCUUAGGAUCCUGUGCUCGGUCGGUGUUGGUUGCCCUGUGGGCCAUACCAGACGCAGCCACAGAACAGGUCAUGCGUCAGUUCUACGAACACCUUGUUGAUGGAGAAAGUGCCAGUGAAUCCCUUCACCAGGCCAUGAAGUGGAUGAGGAAUAACGGCUUCACCAGGGUGCGUGACUGGGCCUCAUUUAUGCUGAUUGGAGAUGACGUGAAGUUGGAGUUUGGCAAACAGAGGAAAGAAGACCUCGAAAAUUGAAAGAACAAGAAUGAUCCAAACGGAAAAUGGCCAGAAGAACUCUAAAUGUAUAAAUAGAUGUGUAGAUGUA